GAACAACAACAAGUUAGUAAAAGUUGAUAGUAGAAGUCUUAAUGCAAGCAAGCAAUUGCAAAAAAUUGUCUUGCAGUAUAAUGAGCUGCCAGAACUUGACAGCAGCACAUUUCGAGAUUUCUCUAAUCUACAAGAAUUACGUUUACAUUACAAUAUGCUUACUGAACUCCAUGAAGAUUUGUUUGCUGGAUUGUCAGAGUUACAGAUUCUGCGGUUGCGUGGUAAUAAACUCAAGUCAAUUCCUGUGUCAUUGUUCAGAGACACUCACAACUUAAGAACAUUACAAAUUGAAUACAACCAACUAACUGUAUUGCCACAGGGUCUGUUUGCAGGACUGUUUUAUCCUCGAAGCGUCCAUGCGUAUUCUAAUCCAUUUAUUUGCUCUUGCAACUUGCUCUGGCUGUACGAUUAUGUCAAAGAACACUCGUUGGAUUAUUCACAGAACUACCAAUGUGCUGAACCAGAUGAGCUUAGAUUAAUGCCAUUUGAUGUCCUUCACAGUGACAACUUUACAUGCAUUCUGCCGGUAUUUAUUGCCAGACCAAGUGAUGUUACAAUUACUGAAGGGAAACCGUUGACGCUGCCUUGUUCUGCGUAUGGCUUUCCCGUGCCAAGUAUCACAUGGUACAAAGAUGGAGAUGUCAGUGGACACACUCAGUUGGAAUCUGGAGCUCUGUCUAUUCGCUCGGUUGCUACAGAUGAUGAAGGAAAGUACGAAUGUGUUGCUGUAAACUUGGCAGAAAAUGAAGUGCGGACGUCAAUGAUACUAACUGUUCUAGCACUUUGUGGCGAAGGUGAAUGUGUAGUUUACGAAGCUGUAUACAGAGAUUUCAAAAUGAACACCAACAUGUCUCCUGACUUUUCGUCAUUAGCUUCUAGGACAGGUCUUUUACUGGAUGUUGUGUCAUCUACAUUGGAUUAUCAGAAUGUGCCAAUAUUGAUCAACUUGAAUGCGCCAACAUUCCUUGAUUUUUUGAGUUGGUUUUCUGAUGUUGAAAACAUAAACACGCGGUACAAUGGAAGUUUACGCUUGGACAGAGAUCAAAGUGUUUUCACUUUUCAGAGCAACUCAUUCUUUCCGAUGGACAAUCGUGGCUUCGUUAAUGAUACAGAUCUGAAGGAUUGUAGUGGAAAGAGUCACAAUUUUGGUUAUACAUCUGUCUUUCGGUCUGCAUUCCGCUAUCAAGGCAAUGAGAAUCUCGUAGUCUACGGUAAUGAUGACAUUUGGGUUUACGUGGACAAGAGUUUGGUUAUUGAUCUUGGUGGCACUCACCAGCCACUAUGCCAGGGUGCUGUUCUACGAGGUGUAAGGUCUGUGGAGAGAUCGGAAGGAGAAUGGGUGGAGGUUAACACUCCAGCUUGUGUCGACCAGUCAGGUUUAGUGUUGAGUUCUCUGUCUUUAAACAGAGAUCUUGUGGUUGGUCGAUUCUAUCGACUGGAUAUCUUUCACGCACAGCGACAUUCUUGCAGUACUUUGUGUCCCAAUUGUACAUCAUCUUUCUACUUCUCGACGACCAUUCAGUCAUCGAAUGUUGCCAAUCAAGUUUUAGCAUUGGCUGUUGACGAAGAAGUCAAUAUCACUAAACCUAUUGGUGCUAUUAAUAUUAAUGACUACAUUGUUGUGUUGGAAGGAGUAGAACAUUUGAUAUUCAAUGUGCUGGAGGGAAAUGAUGAUGGAAAGUUUGCUGUUCACGAACACUCUGGUGACAUUCUACUCGUGUCAGCACUCGACUACGAGAAAUCUUCAGACUACAUGCUUGUUGUACAAGUCACCAGCUCUGCAGAUUCCAGCAAGACAGCUAUUGUUGCAGUUGAGAUUGUAGUCAAUGAUGUCAAUGACAAUGCACCAACGUUGACUCCCAGUUAUGCUGAAGUGGUUGUAUCAGAACUGACAGCUGAAGGAUUUCUGGUGGCCACGUUUGUUGCAGAGGACGUUGACAGUGGUAUCAAUGGGCAGGUUAUUCUUUCCAUUGCUGAAGUCAAAUCAGAACGUGUUGGGAAGGAGAAAUAUCAAUUUACGGUAACUGUUAGUGUUUCUGAUCUUGGGAAUCCUUCGAAGAACACUACAAGCACGAUUGUGGUCAAUGGUCGUGCAGUUUGUAAAGGCAGUACGUUUAUCAUAGACCAGUCUACUCUCCAGCUAAGGAUCUUAGCUUUGGGAUACUUUUUGGAUGAAGUAACUGGAGUAUGCCUUGCUUGUAUUGCUGGCUAUUAUUGUCUUGGAGAUGGUUUGCGACAUAAAUGUGGAUGUGCUCGGAAUGACUCUAGUUGCCAGAACAUACCAAGUGAAUAUUCCAAUGGACUGGCUGUGGAAUGCAGUUCCUGUCCUGACGGUUGGAUAUGCAGUGAUGGUCGAGCGGAACCUUGUGCAGAUGGCUUAUAUGCAGAUUUCUGUGGGGAUCAGGAGUGCCAACAAAAAUGUCUUCCAUGUCCUCCUGGUAGCAUCUGCAUUGCAGGCAAGAGAACUUUAUGCAGACCAGGGACAUUUGAGGAAGACAAUGUUCGAUGUGCUCCUUGUCUGCCAGGGUUUUACAGCAAUGGAACUGGCAAUACAAAAUGUUAUUGCUGUCCUGCGGGUUACAGAAGUUCUCAUGGAAAAGAUGGCUGUCAACCUUGCAAAGAGAAUGAGUGGUCAACUGGAGACGUUGACAAUCACUGUGGAGUGUGCAUGACGUGUGGACCAAAUGAAAACUGCACUUGUCACCGCCAUCACCCAUGUUUUCCUGGUGUGCAGUGUGUCAAUGUUGUGGGACAAACACCAUCGUUUAGUUGUCUCGAAUGUCCUCCAGGGUACAGAGGAGAUGGUAUUGAUUGUGAUGAUAUUGAUGAGUGUCAAUUGGCCAGCCCAUGUUCUCAUAUGACUCGGUGCAUUAACACAUCUCCUGGCUACAUGUGUACAGCAUGUCCACAAGGAUACACUGGGCAUGUACCACACGGUAUUGGAUUGACUCACGCUUUGGGAAUUAAACAGAAAUGUGAAGACAUUGACGAAUGUUUAGUGAACAAUGGAGGUUGUGACAUUCGUUCAACUUGCAUUAACGAGCCGGGCACAUUCAGCUGCAGUGCAUGUGAACCUGGAUACAUCGGGAACGGAUACACCGGCUGCAAUCCUGGAGAUUUUUGUGAGUUAGGCACUCAUUCGUGUCACAAGAACGCCAUCUGUACAGCAACGGGUUUGGGAUUGUUCGAGUGCAAGUGUGGGACAGGGUAUGCGGGGAAUGGUGCCUACUGUGGUCGAGAUACUGACAUGGAUGGAUUUCCAGAUGACAGGCUGUUCUGCACCGAACAAAUGUGCUACAAGGAUAACUGUCGAAACAAACCAAACAGUGGCCAAGAAAACACUGAUGGAGAUGGAUUUGGAGAUGCAUGUGAUGAUGAUAUUGAUAACGAUGGGUGGACAAACUUCCGAGAUAACUGUCAGUAUGUAUUCAACACUGAUCAAGCUGACUUUGAUGGAGAUGGCGUCGGUGAUGUUUGUGACAACUGUUGGAAUUACACGAAUCCACUCAGAGUGAACAACGAUACCAGAAAUCCAUUGCAGCUAGACACAGAUAAAGAUGGUCUGGGUGACAUGUGUGAACAUGAUAGAGAUGGAGAUGGAGUUGCAGAUGAAUUAGACAAUUGUGAGUUUACAUAUAACCCAGGAAAUCAAAGUGACAUUGAUGGAGAUGGAGUUGGGGAUGUAUGUGACAACUGCGUUAAUGUUACCAACGCACGAUUAACAACAGGCACACAGUCUGACUCUGAUCAUGACUUUGUUGGUGAUGCUUGUGAUAAUAACGUUGACAGAGAUCAUGACGGAAUUCAAGAUGAUAUAGACAACUGUGUUUCUGAUGCAAAUAGUGACCAACUGGAUGUGGAUGGUGAUGGCAUUGGCAAUGCAUGUGACUUGGAUUCUGAUGGUGAUGGCAUAAAUGACAUAGUUGAUAACUGCCGUGUGGUUGCCAACAGAAAUCAGUCAGAUACAGAUGGUGAUGGUAAAGGAGAUGCAUGUCAAGUUGACUUUGAUGGAGAUGGAGUUGAAGACACAAAGGACAACUGUCCCGUUAAUUUCUUUAUCUCCAGAACUAAUUUCUCAUCUUUCUUGAAUACAUCUCUUGAUUUCAAUGCAUUUUCAGCACCAGAGUGGAUUAUCAGUGACGAGGGGGCUGAAGUCACUCAAAAACAGUCAUCAUCAGCAUCAUUUCUGCUGACAUCUCAAAGCUUUGGAGCAUUCGAUUUCAGCGGAACAAUUUUUGUUGACACAGAUGGUGAUGAUCUAAUCGGCAUUGUUUUUGGAUACCAGGAUUUUGCACACUUUUAUAUAUUGACUUGGAAACGAACAACAGAGACGUACUUUGGCCACGCCUGUUGGUGGGCAAUAGCCCGGGGUCUUACAGUAAAGAAACUUGAUUCUACCCUUACAAAUGAAAGAUGUUUGAGGAACGCUGUUUGGCACUCCGAAUCACUUCGUUACCCAUAUGAUACUGGACCUUUUCAAACCCAAGUUAUGUUCUCUAGUGAUGUGUCUUGGAAGUAUCAAACUGCUUAUCGGUUUCGAGUGUCUCAUCGUCCAUCUGUAGGUGUCAUACAUGUUGUUAUUGAAGAUGAAAACGGGGCAGUUGCUGACACAGGAGAGAUAUUUGACUUUUCGUUUACUGGUGGCAGAAUUGGGCUGUUUAGUUUUUCUCAGGAAAAUGUCAUUUGGUCGAACCUGAGGUAUUCAUGUGCUGAAAGAAUUAACCAUGCUUUGGAAUUUGAUGGCAUGGAUGAUAGUGUCGAUCUUCCUGAAGCAUCACACCUCAGUCUGGACCAAAGCUUUACAUUUGAUGCAUGGGUUCGUCUGCCACUGAACUGCUGUGAAGGUGUUUUACCUGUUGUAUGCUCUCGAGAAGGCAUUUUGUGUCUGUACGUUGAGAAUAGAUUUCUUCAUGGUGUGUUGAGGGGCAAGAUGGUAGCAAGUUCGGUACAAAUCAUUGGUGGUGAAUGGAAUCAUAUCGGUUUACGAUUUGAAGCAAAAACUGCCAUUCUCUCACUGAUAUUGAAUGGAACUAUUGUAGACUCAACAACAAAUGUUCAGACAUAUCAGGGUACAAACAAAAUGUAUCUUGCUCGGAACAACAAGCUACAAUUUUUUCAAGGACAUGUAGAAGAACUACGGUUCUGGUCUCUGUCUCUGUCGGACAAUGACAUUGCUAGAUACCAUAUCACUACCUCUCUGAGUGGAGCACAUACAAGAGAAGUUCUUCAAGCCCAUUUUGACAUGAACACUGGCUCAGGAUCGACGCUGUAUGAUCGCAGUCGAAAUGGUUUGAAUGGUCUACUGUAUGGUGGUCCAAAGUGGGUUGGGAGUUCAUUGAAUUUUGCUGGGCUUGAUAAUCAUAACGUGAGGAGACGUAAACGGCAUGCCAACCAGACAAGCAAUGAUCAAAGAGAUGAACUUUAGACUCUAUAUAGAGAGCAGAAGUACAUAUAUGUUAGAUUUCUAUUUACUGGAGUGUUUCAAGAUGUUGCAGAUGUGCUGACAAUAGUACGCUAGGCUAUUUGAUGUAAACAGUUCUUGACAGUUUAGAAUUAAUUAAUUAAUUAAUUAAUUGACAUUA